AUGAGCAGUGAAAUAGAUGGCAUUUUAAAGAAUCUUGCAACAAUUCCAGGAGUCACAGGAUGGAUGGUUCUCAAAAUGAACGGUCUUCCAUACAAAACUUCACUCAGAGAAGCUGAAUCCGUCCAUUAUGCAGGUUUAGUUAGCGAGUUUGUUAAAAAAGCUAAGACUUCCCUUGAAAAUAGCCUUCUCCCAGGAAGUAUCAGCCAAAUUCGUGUAAGAUCACAUAAAAAUGAGAUUAUCAUCGUACCAGAUAACGAUUUCAUCUUAAUUGCUAUCCAAGAUGCAUCUAUCCCAGCUUAA